AUGUGGCUCAUCUGCACUUCGACUCUCAAACUUCGUCUAUUUAUUACCAAUAUACCCGAUUAUGUUAUGUUAUCUCACACUUGGGGUGACGGAGAAGUCACUUUUGAUGACAUCGACAAGCCCCACGCAAAAGGCAUGGCUGGUUAUUCCAAGAUCGUGGAAUGUUGUGCUAAAGCACUGAGUACUGGGUUUGAGUGGGCCUGGAUCUACACGUGCUGUAUCGACAACAGGAGUAGCGCUGAACUAUCCGAGGCUAUCAAUUCCAUGCACAAGUGGUACUGGGAUGCUGCAAUCUGUUAUGCAUACAUGUCCGAUUGUACGCCGGAAACGUUAAAUGCUGAGCUGUUCAGGCUUGGAAUUGUAGCGAGAACUGAAGCAAUGUACGAAGCCAAUGCAUCUCGACGGCGGGAAUUCCAAGCAUCGCGAUGGUUCAAACGAGGCUGGACAUUACAGGAACUUCUCGCACCCGAGGUCAUUAAGUUCUACGACGCGGAUUGGAUACAAAUCGGAACCAAGUCGAGCCUUCUGGAGCCGAUAUUUACAGCAACCGAGAUCGAAGAGCAACAUAUUAGCGAUCGCGAUACGAUACAGCAUGCUAGUAUUUCAACAAAAUUCAGCUGGGCAUCUAGUAGGACAACGACGCGUGUGGAGGAUGUGGCGUACUGCCUCCUCGGCCUCGUCAAUGUGAACAUGCCUAUGCUUUACGGCGAGGGGGAAAGAGCUUUUUACAGGCUACAGCUCGAAGUUAUCAAGCAUAGUAAUGAUCACACGAUAUUUGCAUGGGAGUCCAGUAACGAAGCAUGGCUGCCCACAAGCAUGUUUGCAUCGUCCCCUACACAGUUUGCGAGUGCUUCUCAGCUGCUACGUACGCCACCUCAAGUUCAGGGCCAGCUUGAACCAUACGAAUUGACAAAUCACGGGUUAUGGAUGACGUUACCGUGUAUCCCCGUAGGCGAUAAUCGGAUCGUGACUGUCCUGGACUGCGCAAACACCAGCAGUGACCAUGUUGGAGUUUGGCUACGGCUUAUGAAAGUUGGUCGGUACGAAAGACUGCCAAACCUGAGAGUCUUCAUAUCCAAGGCUGAGCUGAUUGAUGCCUCUCAAAAGACAAUAUACAUCCAAGCAGACAAGCAGAUAUCCCUAAAGCGCAGGAAUAGAGGACCAGACUAA